CCCUUAAACAUCUACCACUUGUGGUUCCUCAUUUCUUUGCAAAUCAACCUCAACCAUCUACAAAAGUCAUUCCCUACUCCAAAACCCAUAUCCCAAAUCCAAAGCCUUUCCAUAUCAAACUCCAUUUCCCCCCGCCCCCCCCCAAAAAAAAAAAAAAAAUGGUCAAUCCCUUCAUUUGUGGCAGUGGAACCUUCCACCAUCACUCGGAAGAAGAAGACGAUGAUCAUUUCCCCUGCAGCAGCAGCUCAACAGCAACCUCAGCGCCAAGAAAAUCAAGAAAGUUGUGGAAAACCAAAGACAACCACAGUAAGAACCCGUAUGCCGGAUUCGGCCGCGACAAGUUCUCCGCUCUCCUGGCGGAACUCGACGGCAAGAGGCAGGAAAUCUACACCCGGACGGGCUCGGAGGACAUCUCCUUCGUCCGUUUCGCGUACUCCAACUCCAACAGCUGCAAGCCAAUCGUGGUGAAGGUGAGGAACAGAGAUAAGAACGGCGGUGAGCACACUUUGGAGGGACGAGAAAAGAAUUCUAAAGAGUCCACUGCCUCCCAAAAGGAAGUUCAUCAGCCGAGAAUCGAUUCGGGUGACCGGAAGAACAAGAAGAAAACGAAGAGCGAGAAGCAGAGGCCUUUUUAUUACUUGGUGGCGGUUGUGGUGUUGAUUCUGUUGGUUUUGGCUGUGUUUGGACGAUCCUUUGCUAUAAUAUUUGUAUCUGUGGGGUGGUACUUAGUCCCCGCGAUUAAGGGAGGGAAGGAGAGUGCUAGGAGAAGAAGGAAAAAGAGAGAAUAUGGAACAGGGGAGAGUGAGAAGAAGAUUGCCAAUGCCUUAUCUUUUCCCAAGAGCAACGGUAACGUAGCCGCGAACGAGAUUUCGCCCCGCCGGAAAAGCUGGUGAAAAAUAGUCCUUUUACUGCUUUCUUGUGAAUUAACAUAGUUUACUUGUUCAUCAAUGUGGAUAAUAAAGCUUGGGAUGAGUUAUGGUUUAGAAAGCAGCUCAUGUAUUUUCACAGAUAAUGAUUGCUUUGUUUUAUACUACUAAUAACUAAGAAGUGACUUGUGGCUCCAUGGCACUGGGAUGUACUAAUUGACAGUUGAGUUACUUCGAUCUUUCAUGCCCUUUUAGUACCACA